GCCAUGCAGGCGCGCUACUCCGUGUCCAGCCCCAACUCCCUGGGAGUGGUGCCGUACCUCGGCGGCGAGCAGAGCUACUACCGCGCGGCCGCGGCGGCGGCCGGGGGCGGCUACACCGCCAUGCCGGCCCCCAUGAGCGUGUACUCCCACCCCGCGCACGCCGAGCAGUACCCGGGCGGCAUGGCCCGCGCCUACGGGCCCUACACGCCGCAGCCGCAGCCCAAGGACAUGGUGAAGCCGCCCUACAGCUACAUCGCGCUCAUCACCAUGGCCAUCCAGAACGCCCCGGACAAGAAGAUCACGCUCAACGGCAUCUACCAGUUCAUCAUGGACCGCUUCCCCUUCUACCGGGACAACAAGCAGGGCUGGCAGAACAGCAUCCGCCACAACCUCUCGCUCAACGAGUGCUUCGUCAAGGUGCCCCGCGACGACAAGAAGCCGGGCAAGGGCAGCUACUGGACGCUGGACCCGGACUCCUACAACAUGUUCGAGAACGGCAGCUUCCUGCGGCGGCGGCGGCGCUUCAAGAAGAAGGACGCGGUGAAGGACAAGGAGGAGAAGGACCGGCUGCACCCCAAGGAGCCGCCGCCCGGCCGCCAGCCCCCGCCCGCGCCGCCGGAGCAGGCCGACGCCGCCGUGCCGGGCCCGCAGCCGCCGCCCGUGCGCAUCCAGGACAUCAAGACCGAGAACGGUACGUGCCCCUCGCCGCCCCAGCCCCUGUCCCCGGCCGCCGCCCUGGGUAGCGGUAGCGCAGCCGCGGUGCCCAAAAUCGAAAGCCCCGACAGCAGCAGCAGCAGCCUGUCGAGCGGGAGCAGCCCCCCGGGCAGCCUGCCGUCGGCGCGGCCGCUGAGCCUGGACGGUGCGGAGUCCGCGCCGCCGGCCGCGCAACCCGCGCCGCCGCCGCACCACGGCCAAGGCUUCAGCGUGGACAACAUAAUGACGUCGCUGCGGGGGUCGCCGCAGGGCGCGGCCGCCGAGCUCAGCUCCGGCCUUCUGGCCUCUGCAGCCGCGUCCUCGCGCGCGGGCAUCGCACCCCCGUUGCCACUCGGCGCCUACUCGCCGGGCCAGAGCUCCCUCUACAGCUCCCCCUGCAGCCAGAGCUCCAGCGCAGGCGGCUCCGGCGGCUCCGGAGGCGGCGGCGCGGGGGGCGCGGGCAGCGCGGGGACCUACCACUGCAACCUGCAGGCCAUGAGCCUGUACGCGGCCGGCGAGCGCGGCGGCCACUUGCAGGGCGCGCCCGGGGGCGCGGGCAGCUCGGCGGUGGACGACCCCCUGCCCGACUACUCUCUGCCUCCGGUCACUAGCAGCAGCUCGUCCUCCCUGAGUCACGGCAGCGGCCAGGAGGCCAGCCACCACCCUGCGGCCCACCAAGGCCGUCUCACCUCGUGGUACUUGAACCAGGCGGGCGGAGACCUGGGCCACUUGGCCAGCGCGGCGGCAGCGGCCGCCGGCUACCCGAGCCAGCAGCAGAACUUCCACUCGGUGCGGGAGAUGUUCGAGUCCCAGAGGAUCGGCUUGAACAACUCUCCGGUGAACGGGAACAGUAGCUGUCAGAUGGCCUUCCCUUCCAGCCAGUCUCUGUACCGCACGUCCGGAGCCUUCGUCUAUGACUGCAGCAAGUUUUGACACCGCCUCCUCCCCUCGCACACACCCAGAGCCGAACUGAAUAGAAGCCCGAAGCAAAAACAGCCAAAGGACCCCAUCAAUACAAAAUCGAAACUAAAAAGAUACAACUUAAAAAACUUAAGAACAUGCACCACACCAACGAACAGAAUCCUCCAGAAAUUCAGCUCACCAGCACAAAGAAAACUCUAUUUUCUUAAAAGAUUAACUCAGAGCAACCUCCACUUUGCCUUAUCUAAAUAAACAAAACCGUAGACUAUUUUGUACAAAGACACCAAAACCAUGGUUUAUUAAAGGACAGUGUUACUCCAGAUAACACGUAAGUUUCUUCUUGCUUUUCAGAGAGCCACUUUCCUCCUCUCUUCUCACUUCCCUGCAAUCUUCCUUGCCCCUCACCUGUAAGAUAUUAUUUUAUCCUAUGUUGAAAGAAGGGGGAAGUCCCCUUAUAUGACAACCGCAUUCUUUUUAUUCAUGGACUUGUUUUAAAAUGUAAAUUGCAACAUAGUAAUUUAUUUUUAAUUUGUAGUUGGAUGUUGUGGACCAAACGCCAGAAAGUGUUUCCAAAACCUGACGUUAAAUUGCCUGAAACUUUAAAUUGGUUUUUUUUCUCAUUAUAAAAAGGGAAACUGUAUUAAUCUUAUUCUAUCGUCUUUUCUUUCUUUUUGUUGAACAUAUUCGUUGUUUGUUGAUUAAUAAAUCACCAUUCAGCUUGAAUGAGACCCACAUGUCUGGAUACUUUAAUGCAGCCUUAAUUAUUAUUGAAAAAGAUUUCAGAGAUAAAAACACUAGAAGUUACCUAUUCUGCACCUAAAUCUCUGAAAAAUAGAGAAACCCUCUGACUAGUCCGUGUCAAAUUGCACAAAGAGUCUUUUUGUUUAGAUUUAUUUUCCUCUAGCAUCUUCUGCAAAAUGUACUAUUAUAGUCAGCUUGCUUUGUGGCUAGUAAAAAGAUAUUUUCCUAAACCUGUCUGAGUUGGCAUAUAAAGAAAUAAGAUUUCUCAGUCAUGACAGAAUAGGAUUUGGAAAUUUUAAGCCCAUGAGUCAGCAGCGGUCUUUCCACAGUGAUACCCGCACACCAGCGAUGGGAAUGUGCCUCCAGAGAGGCGCAGAUCGGUGUUUGGCUUGUGCGUCCCAAAUGGAAUUGCCAUGCAUAUUACGUCCUGUGAGCCAGAUGCUGAAUGAAUUUUUCCUAUUAAUUUCAGUCUUUUGUAAGAGGGAAAAUAAACCAGUUUUUAAAUGUAUAUAUAUAUAACUCAUCCACAUUUACAGUCCUUCAUGUAUUACAUAGAAGGAUUGAUAUUUUAGAAAAUAUAUUGAGGGUUGGAAAGGGAUAUUUAACCUUUGGGAAACUAUUUUAGAAGAUAUCUUUGUAGAACAAUUAUUUUUGGAAAAGAUUUAAAGCAAUAAUAAGGAAGGAGAGAAGAGCAGAACAUUUUAGUCUAGGGUGGUUUCUUUUUAAACCAAUUUUUCUUGUUAAUUUACAGUUAAACCUAGGGGGCAAUCCAGAUUGGCCCUCUCUCCUUUGUAAAUAACCCAGGAAAUGUAAUAAAUUCAUUAUCUUAGAGUGAUCUGCCCUGUCAAUCAGACUUGGGGAGAUGGCGAUUUGAUUACAGACAUCAGGGCCUUCCAGUUUGUUUUCGAGAUAAUACAGUUCCCUGCUAUCUGCCGUCCUGUCUAGAGGCAGCACUUCAGCAAUAAUUGCUGUUGCUUGUGUCAAAAUUUGGUCAUUGUUAAAGGAUUGCUGCAAAUAAAUACACUCUAAUUCCAGUCAAAAA